AGGUUAUCGUAAAAUCAAAUACGGACACAUCUCUUAGAGGAAUUAGUGUUGAUUAAACCGCGCAUUUAAAAAAAAAACAUCACCAAUGCCGCAAGAAAUUAGAGUUUUGCAAUGUACUGAAUGUAAAAUGUUCCAAGUGGAUUUGGUGAAAAAGGUGAAAACAUGGACUUGUAAGGUAUGUAAUGUGAAACAAAGAUCUCUGGCUGAGUACUUUCGUGGAAGUGGCCCGGAAUGUCGUGUGCUUGUACAGAACCUGAAUAAGAAUAAAGAGCUUACAGCAUUGAGUACCUCUACGUUUACCUCACCAAAUCAUAUGGUCCUUCCGAAUGAGCAGCACAUUUUACCUUCAGAAUACAAGAAAUUUAAGGGAAAUGGAUUUGCAAGUAAUGAGUCUGAAUCAAAUGAUAAGGAUGUCAGUGGAAGAAAUGUCGAUAACCAACAAAAUAAUAAUAUCGAGUCAUCUUUGGAAAAUACUAAAGCAUUGGCUGAAUUCGAAAGGCAAAAUAGUAGUAAACGCCCAGCAAAUGAUUCCUACAACAGCAUGAAGAAAACUAGCAAAUGGGAUAAAUAUGUAUAAAUACAUUAAAUAUUGUAAAAAAUAUAUA